AUGUCGAAUCCCUUCCAGAUCAGUGGAUCUGCACCGAGCAUGAAGACCCCAGCCUUCGUUAAGUUCAACAAGCCUACACUAUCACAAUCAGACAUCUACGGGACACCAUGUCCUGCUUCUCUUCCGACUCCAGCAACCUCCAUGGCGCACCUAACCGCCGUCGGUGCUUCGACCAGAAGUUUUCCCACGCCUAAUGAACCUCCCUCAAGCCCAUUGAAAGCUGCAGACGCCACUGAUCUGCCCGGUUUCAUGAACUUUGUCAACAGGCUUACACCCUCUUAUGCUGGUUUUGAACCCUUCGUUGCUGAAGAGGCGCUGAAGUACAAUGGUAUGGUAUUGGGUAAUUUGCCGAAUCUGCCACCAGGGCAAGAGAUUCCAGGAGUGAAGCUGGGCCAUCUUAUGGCAAUGAAACAUCACUGGCCAGCGUUUAAGCACAGUAAGAAGGCUUGUCGUAAGUUGGCGGAUGAGAGGUCUUCAAGCCCGCUGUCUCGGAGACCUUCCACCACCUUGAGGAUGACGGAGAGCUGUAAAAGGGAUCGAGAUAAUGCUCGUGGCAAUUGACUUUGAGAGGUAGCGGUUGGCAGGGUCUCGUAUUUUUGUAAUCCGCAAAAAUCGACGAGUGGAUACAAAUUGACUAGUAGCAGAUAUUUUUUGACAGGACGGCCGCUGCCUUGUAGAUUGGAAUGCUGCCUUCCAGUAGAACUAGUUUUUG